GAGCCACCCCCUGCAGUCACCGAGGAGGCCCGACACCGGGAGGGGCCCUUGGCUCAGCGUCCGGCUGUGGGGAGCCUUCGGCGGUUCUGAUCGGCCCGCGGAAGGCUCCGGAAGAGAUCGUGGCUGUCCCCCGUGGGGUUCAUGGGCAACAGCGGGGGCUCCCCGGAGCGGCCGGGCCCGCCAUGCUGCAGUGCAGGCCGGCCCAGGAGUUCAGCUUCGGCCCGCGGGCCCUGAAGGAGGCGCUGGUGUCCAGCGACCCGGCCCUGCGGCGUCUCUACGCGUCUGCCUUCACCCCUGCGGAGAGGCUGUUCCUGGCCGAGGCCUACAACCCCCAGAGGACCCUCUUCUGCACGCUGCUCAUCCACACGGCCUUCGACUGGCUCCUCAGCCGUCCCGAGGCCCCCGAGGACUUCCAGACCUUCCACGCCUCCCUGCCGCCCCGGAGGCAGAGCCCUGCCCGGAAGCACAUCUACCUGCAGCCCAUCGAUCUGAGCGAGGGCCCGGCGGGUGGCGCUCUGCUGGAGUACCUGCGCGACUGCACGGAGGCCUUCUUCCUGGGCUUGCAGGUCCGGUGCCUGCCCUCGGUGGCGGCCGCGUCCAUACACUGCUCCUCACGUCCCAGCCAGGACUCCGACAGGCUCCAGCUCCACACGGACGGGAUCCUGUCUUUCCUGAAGAGCAGCAAGCCGGGCGACGCGCUGUGUGUGCUGGGCCUCACGCUGUCUGACCUGUACCCCUGCGAGGCCUGGAGCUUCACGUUCGGCAAGUUCCUGCCAGGGCACGAAGUGGGCGUUUGCAGCUUUGCCCGUUUCUCGGGGGAGCUCCUGCAGCCGGGGCCUGGCGCCUCGGAGGCAGCCCCGGUCCAGGCGGCAGCCGACGGCCCUGAGACACCAGUGCAGGACCCAGGCCAGACACUGUGCUUCAGCGCCCUGGGGCUGGCCCAGUGCUGCAAGGUCACCUGCCACGAGCUCUGUCACCUGCUGGGCCUGGGGAGCUGCCGCUGGCUGGGCUGCAUCAUGCAGGGGGCGCUCAGCCUGGAGGAGGCCCUGCGGCGGCCCCUGGACCUCUGUCCCAUCUGUCUGCGGAAACUGCAGCACGUCCUGGGCUUCAAGCUCAUCGACAGGUACAAGAGACUUUACGCCUGGACUCGAGCCGGGUCGCGGCCCGAUGUGGAUGCAGGGGCGCCGUCCGCCUCGGACGAGACUCCGCCCUGCAGCGCCGACUCGGGCCUGAGCUGUGACAGCGGGUCGGAGCCCCUGACCCCCGACACGUGGAGCCACACCUUCUCCGCGGGCCCCGAGCCGGAGCCCGAGGAGGGGCUGGGCUCCCCGGCCGUCCCGGACAGCCCGCCUGGGUGCGGCCCCGCCGUGGACGCCAUCAGGGAGCACGGACGGUGGCUGGAGCGCUGCAUCCGGGCCCUGGAGCGGGAGGUGACGGAGGAGGAGCUGGCGCAGGUGGACGGCGCCGUGGAGGCCCUGGCGGGGUGGGAGAUGUUCACGGGGCGGCUCCCGGCCCCCAGGCAGGACCCGCGCUGCGGCCGAGACGGCUCGGGGCUGCGCCGGGUCCUGGGCGACACGUUCUCCUCCCUGAGGAGGAAGCUGAGCGCGCGCAAGCCGUCCAAGGCGGGCUCGUCCCCCGGCCGCUGGCGGGAGGAGGGGAAUUAG